AUUUGGCAACAAGAUGCACAUUGAUGUUUACUUUCUUUUUACAUUUUAGAUGGUAAAAAACGCGCGAUCCGCUUAUGUAAAGAAAAAAGCAUUAAAAUAUAUUUUGAAAAAUUGAUCAAAAUAUUGUGGAAGUGUUUCUUUUUAUUCUGCAUCAAUUAUAGUACUGAAAAGCAUAUCAAUUUGUGAAGUGAAAAAUAUGGAUGAUCUUGAAUGCCCACGAUGUAAAACUACAAAGUACAGAAAUCCCAAUUUAAAGUUAAUGGUAAACAUUUGUGGCCAUGCACUAUGUGAAAAUUGUGUGGAGCUUCUUUUUGUUAAAGGUUCUUCUGCUUGUCCUCAGUGCAAUAUUCCUUUAAGGAGAAGUAAUUUUAGGGUACAGAUUUUUGAAGAUUCAUCUGUAGAAAAAGAAUUGGACAUACGCAGGCGGAUAUUAAGGGAUUUUAAUAAAAAGGAAGAGGAUUUCAACUCUUUAAGAGAAUACAAUGAUUACUUAGAAGAAAUAGAAACAAUCAUUUUUAAUUUAGCUAAUGAUGUUGACAUAGAAGCAACUAAGCGGAAAAUUGAACAAUACAAAAAAGAGAAUAAGACCCAGAUUAUGAAGAAUAAAGGUAAACUUAGCAAAGAAGAGGAAGAACUGGAAGAGCUUUUAGAAUAUGAAAAGAUGGAAUCUGAGGCUCGAAAGCAACAAGUAAUAGAAGAAGAAUUGGAAUUAGAGAAACAAAAAAGAAAGAAGAAAGAAGCCCUUAUAGAUGACCUCAUGUUUUCUAAUAAAUCAGCCAAAGAUAUCAUUGCAUCUCACACAGUAAAAAAUGAAGAAAUAAAACCCAAACAAACUCCAUUAAAAAGGCAAACUGCGUUUUCUACUGGACUUAAAUCACAACAAAUAUUUUUACCUGUGCCUAAAGAAAAUAAAGAUAGUAGAUUCAUAUACAUGGAGCCUAAACUAGAUAAUAAAGGUCCAAAACCUUUUUCACCAAAUACUUUGAAAAAUGAAGGAUUCACGCGACAUGUUCGCAAUGCCUCUGAAGCUGAAGUUGCUGCUGGUUUUCUCACAGAAAAUGCUUGUGAUCGUGCUCUACAAGAUGCAUUUUGUGGCAUCUAUUUUAUGUUAUAGUAAAUGCCAUUUGUACAUAUGUAAAUCCAUACAAAAAGUUCUUUAAAUGUUUUAAUAAAAGCGUUAUUUCAAAUAAAUAUAUAUCUUAUUUAA